AGGUGGAUAUAAAUUCUGAACAGUGUCAGGGGGAGAGAGAGUGGAACUGACCUGUAGAGCAACCUGCACUCACCUGACUGAGAGCAACAGCUUCAUUUGGUACAAGAAUGUGCAGCUUCUGACUGAAGACUCCAGGUUCUACCAGUCCUAUAUAAAGUUCACUGCCAGAAGUGAAGAUACGGACAGAUACUCCUGUGCUGUAAGAGGCAAUCAGCAUCUUGUUUCCCCCCGCCAUGACUCUCAGUGUGAGAUGUGUAAAGGUUGAAAUGAAAUCUAGCACAGUGAGUGAGGGAGUGAGGGUGACAUUAACCUGUAAAAUCACCUGCACUGACCUGACUGGCAGCCAAACAUUCAUCUGGUACAAGAAUGGACAAUCUCUGUUUUACACCGCCCAGAAAUAUCAAAAUCAUAACUACCUUCAGUUCAAAGCCAGCAGUGGAGAUGCAGGCAGCUACUCCUGUGCAGUUAGAGGUCAUGAGAAUCUCCCAUCCCCAGCAGUGACUCUCUAUGCUCCCAAGAACACCUCAGUAUCAGUGAGCCCCUCUGGUGAAAUAGUGGAGGGCAGUUCAGUGACUCUGACCUGCAGCAGUGAUGCCAACCCACCAGUGCAGAACUACACCUGGUUUAAGAAGAAUGACACUGGAGCCUGGCAGGCAGGAUCAGGACAGAGUUUGAACUUUUCUAACUUUAGAUCCUGGAACAGAGGACAGUACUACUGUGAGUCACAGAACAGACUUGGAGCUCAGAAUGCUUCUGCUCUGCUGGUCACAGUACAAGAGCAGAGCCUUGAGAGAGUGACAAACGCAGCCAGCAACAGAAACUCUGUGCUUCAGAGAGCUGACAAGGCCUCAGUGUGGGAUUAAAACACACAGAGGAGAGAAUUUGCAGAGAAUGAGAAAUGGUGGAGAAUAGGGUGAAAGAGUCUCUUUUUGUCUUUAACUUUGCAGAACUGCUGUCUGUUUCUGCUAGAUUAUCCAUUUUAUAAAGAGCUGUUGGUGGAGGAUUUUUCCCAGAGUACUGUAACCCUGCUGCAACAUGCAUGUUCAUGUAACCCUGCUGCAUACAUGCUCCUGUGACACCAUUACACGUUUGUAUAACCCUGUUACACACACGCUCAUAACUCAUGUACAUGCGCAUGUAUUCUCUCACAUUGAAUGGGAAGAUUAUAAUGCAGAUCAAUGCAGAUUUUAAUCUCCAAACUCACGUCACUUUUAAAAGCAAGGUCCAAAAUCAUUUAAAACUGUGUUUUAGCUUUACAUUUUACAUUGCCUUGUUGUAUUGACCCCAUUUUUACUUUCUGUCUGUUUAGCUAUUUGAAAUAAUGCAUCUUUGUAUUUGUUUUCUUUACAUAAAUUGUUUUAUUUUGUGCAUUACUGUACGACGGUUCAUUUGAGCAUUGUAAAGCACUGUGAACCUCAAACCUAUGUUCUGAAAAAUAUUAUCAUUAUUUUCUUCAUAUGGCCAUUAUGUUUUGCCUGCAUAUCCCCCCCCCCCC